GAAUCGUGAGCUGGACACGGGACAUCAUGUCCGACGUAAUGUGUUACGUUGCCAAAAUGUUGGGCUUUUUCUCUUUUGCCAGAAGCACCCGCAGAGCUUCGUCAAUGUUGUGCUCGUUAAUCUUGUGGAUUUGCUUCGUUUCAUCCGGAGUUUACAUGAUCGUCUAUUACUAUGGAAAGAACCAAAACGUUUCGUCCAAGAACAGCAUGUACAUGAAGAUGGUUUUCUUCGAAGUGGUUUCAAAAUUCGUCGUGGCGACCGUCGGUACAUCGGUUUCGGCGGCCAAGGGUCAAGCUUACUUCGAUCUCCUGGGCAAGUUCUCCGCAUUCGACGAGCUCACAUUGGGCGAAAGAUUUCCGUCUGACGGGUGCGUGCAAACGUUAUACAUGCUGCUGGUCGCAUCGGUAUUUGUACAUAAUCUCUCGUGGACUUUGGUCUCCGUGGACGUACCGUUUUACGUUCUGUUCGCGUGGCACUUGUAUUGCGUGUUCACUAUGUCGACAUUCGUGCAGUACGUGAACUACGUGAGAAUGGUGAGGGAAAGGUUUAAGUCAGUCAAUAGGAUUUUCAAAAACAGUGUCGCGGAGAACUUCUCGCUCGGCACCGAGCGCAUGUAUCCCAAAGAACUAGUCAACUUGUUCGUCCAACUCCGCGGCCUGACGAACGAGGUGAAAAUCUAUUACACAUACCACGCGAUGCUCGUCAUCGUCGAAUCGGUACUGAUACUCAUCACGAACGUGACCGCUCUGACGGUCGGCUACAUCAACGGCAUGCAGGUCGACAAUGUCCAUUUGAUCGGGCACACCUCGAUGAGGUUGUUGUUUUUGUUUUACGUGGUCCGGGAAACGCACAACACCAAACUGGAAGCGAAUAAUACUGCUUUGAUUGGUCACGAGGCACUGAUUACUACGUCAGAUAUCACUACUACAAAAUAUUUGGAAGUUAUAGUGUUAAACUGCUGGAACCAUCCAAUUGUAUUUGAUGUAAAAGACUUCUUUGAUUUGGACUAUAAACUCCUUCAGUCGAUAAUCGCAUCCGUUGUAACCUAUGUGGUCGUUUUGGUUCAAAUACAAUUGGCGGUUAAUGAAAUAUAACCAUUGAAUAUAUGAAGUUUGUGAUUUUAUUGUGAUAUUUUAAUUUUUUUAAAUUUAUCAACAAUAAUAAUGCAGUGCAAUUUAUGAACGAUCGCAAAAAACAUGACGUUCGUCGCCCUUUUAUGUUAUAUUAACAAUGAUGUCAGACUAAUCGUCAUACGCAUACCUGUCUCAAAAUUCAAUCAUCGAAAAUAUUGUUCCACGGGAUCGAAAAAGACUAUUUCAA